CCCCCUACAGAAUAGAAAUGGUACAAACAGACAGUGACAUCACCAUCACCUCCUUGGGCUAGACAGGCGUUCGAAGGGUUGCUGCUACAUUGUUUACAUUUUAGUUGUUACAUUGUAUCGUUUUACAUAAAAUCGACAAUAACCUGCCUGUUUACACGUUCAGGUUUGAAUUUCAACAUCACGUCAUAGCGCGAGGAUUCUGCAAAAAUGAAAUGGAUGUUUAAAGAGGAUCAUUCCCUCGAACACCGAUGUGUGGAGUCUGCCAAAAUACGCAACAAAUAUCCUGACAGGGUACCGGUGAUAGUGGAGAAAGUGUCUGGCUCACAGAUAGUGGACAUCGACAAGAGAAAAUACUUGGUACCUUCUGACAUCACAGUGGCCCAGUUCAUGUGGAUCAUCAGGAAGCGCAUCCAGCUGCCCUCGGAGAAAGCUAUUUUUCUCUUUGUUGACAAAACUGUUCCCCAGUCCAGUCUGACAAUGGGACAGCUAUAUGAGAAAGAGAGAGACGAGGAUGGCUUUCUGUACAUGGCGUACAGUGGCGAAAACACAUUUGGUUUCUAGGCCUUCACACAAAGUUGAGUUGACACAACCCUUGCAUCCUACUUGACCCAAUCAUCCCAUUAUUUCUUGCAGACAAGCUUGAUUGUAUCGCUAUCAUAAUAAAGAUGUGUGGAAGAAGUGUGUUAGAAACCUCAACACUAAUCAUGUAUUUGUAUUACUAGUAUCACUCAUAGCAUAUUAUAUUGAAACUAUAAAUUGUAUAUUUGAUUACUUUUAGGUAAAGAAUGUUGUUGCAUUAUUAUUAGCAGUUUAACAUAUUAAUGUCAGCUAUGAUAUACAGUAAUAACGGUUUUCUUUUAAUUUGUCAAUGUUUGAUUUGUUUAUUAUCUUUAAAGAUGAUAUAUACCAAUAAUUUGAAUAUAUGAAAGGUAAGGUAGCCUGAGGACCAAUAAAAACACAGAAAAUGGC